GAUUGGGUAAGUGUGUGUCAGUGUGUAUUAGACUAUGUAUUUUUGUCUUUGAACUCUUAUAACCUUUACAGUAUAACACUAAUAUUGAAAUGGCUACCGCUAGUGUAUGUGGUCCAUGUUUUGCAGAAAAUAAAACGUUACAAGCCACCAAGUUUUGUUCCGAUUGUGAAGAAAGGCUAUGUUCAAACUGCGCUGAAUCACAUGACCGUUUUAAAGCAUUCAAAUCACAUCAUGUAAUCGAUUUGUCGUCUGUUGGUUACACGAUUCCAAUCUCUGUGACGAAAAGCUGCAACAUUCAUACUGAAUUACUCUUGGAUUAUUAUUGCGUAGACCAUGAGAUCAUUUGCUGUAGAGCAUGCAUUCCCAAUGACCACAGAACAUGUCAAAAUAUUCUACCAUUAGAGUUUGCCUCUAAAAAUGUGAAAACGUCUGCUCUUUAUACCGAUAUUAUACAGGAAAUUAAACACCUUCUUGCAAUAUUGAAUAAAUUCAACGAUAACAGGCAGUUGAACUUAGAAUUACUUGCAAAGUCUAAAUUAGCAAUAACUAAUCGGAUAAGUGAGUUAAAAGUCCAAUUAUUGAAACAAAUAGAUAAAAUUGAACUUGAUCUUCACUCCAAACUUUCGUCCUUUCAAUUAAAACAUGAAACUGGAAUCAACAAACAAAAGAUAGAAAUAUCGCAGAUAAUGGAAAACUUAAAAUCAAAGGAAAAUGAAAUAGAAGUUUUGAAAGAUUGUGGCUCAAAUAGUCAGUUUUUUAUAGCUUUGCGUAAACAAGUAUCAGAUGUCCAAAGCACAGCAGACAAAGUUCAGCAGAUGAUUUCCAGUUCACAAGAAGUCGGAAUAUCUUUAAAUGAAUACAAAAAUGUAAGGAUGGAUUUUUUUGGAUCAUUGUUAGAGAAUAUUAAACCGUGUCAAGUUCAAUACAAACCUCCGAAAUUUCAGCAGGCCCAAAUUAUGGCAGAACCAACCCAUCGUAUUCUUGGGUUUGAAAAGGCCACUAGUUUAAAUCUUAAACCUGAUGCCACAUUUAAUUUUGUAGAUGUAUCAAUCACAGAGGAUAAUAAACUGCUCCUGACUAAUUAUACCGGACUAUGUCCGAAACUCUAUUUCUACAGAGAGUGUAAAGAAUACGAGGGAGAAAUAACAUUCACAUCUGAUCCCAGAGGUGUUGCUGUGAUAGCUUGUUCAGAUAGAGCGGUUGUUACCCUUCCUAAGGAGAAGUCUGUACAAUUUAUUAACACAAAACAGAUAAUAAAGAAGGAAAAAGUAAACGUAAAAUUUGAAUGUCUUGCUGUAAGUGCUGGACGUGACAACAUUUACGUCGGUGGUAAUAAUGGUACUAUCAAAACAUUAGAUACAAAUGGGACAAUUCUGCAGUCAAUCAACCAUGGAGAUGCAGAUAUUUAUUUUCUGCUAUACGAUAAUAUUCACGAGCAGUUUAUUGUCAGAUAUGAUAACAAACUAUCCCGUGUAAAAUCAGAUGGAACACUAGUAUUCAGUAAGGAUGUUUCAUGUAGAGCAGGAGUUACAUUUGAUCGUCAGGGCAACAUUUACUUCGGAAAUCAUCGCACCAACAACAUACAGAGAAUAUCACCAGACGGGAAAAACUGUGAACAAAUGCUUAACCAGGACGAUGGCAUACACUAUCCAUAUGGAAUGUGUUUUAACAAUGACUUUACAAAACUGUUUGUUGUUAAUAACAAUUGCAAGUCUGUAGACGUGUACAAAUGCAAAUGAUUUAUGAAAUGUAUACGAAGAAGUAUAACCAUAUUGAAUAUUGCUUGUAGUGAUUUAAAAUGCAAGAAUAUGCUUAGUAUUGAUUAAAACACGUCAUGAUUUUU